AUGUUGCUGCAACAUAUAUUAACAACUUGCAUCCAACCUUUUUUUUUUUAAGUAUAGUUGGACAGAUUUAAUGCUGCAGUGAGUGUGCAGAGUGUGGGUUUGUGUGUGAGGAAGCUGUGUGGUUGUCGCAUCAGAGGUGUUAGAGCUGAAACACUUCCUUGUCCUUUUUUACUCUCAUCACAGCGACCUGCAGAGAAAAUCAACGGCUCACCACCAACUGACCUCCCAUUUAAGACACUAACUUCACGUCUUUUUUCGCUAUUAAAGUAGUUGACAAAGUGUGUGUGUGUGUGUGUGUGUGUGUGUGUGUGUGUGAGAGACGUUAAGAAGAACUGUUGGAAUGUAAAAGUCUGAAGACAGAUUUUAGGUGAAGAGCGGUUCUUCUUCCUUCUUUUGUGAUGCCUCGUUCUUUCUUGGUAAAGCGAGCAGGGCUUCACUACCUUGUGAAAAAAACGGGGGCCUGGGAUACAUCCCUGGAGUUCUCCACACCAGAAAAUCCCGAUGGUAACACAGUUCCCACCACUUUACUGCAGCAGCCUGCAGACAGCCACUCUAAUGGAAGUGACCUUCAGCCAUUCAGCCCCAUAACUUAUGACUGUAGAUCUGAUCAGUCCUGCAGUCCUUUUAGUCCAGUGGAGAAAGACAAGUCUCACCCUCACACACCAGCAGUAUGGUCCAGGACUCAUGUACACUCAGGAUAUCAUGAGAAACUGUCUGUGGGACUGGGAAAUUUCACCCAGCACCCUCACAUCCUGAGGGAAACCAAGAGCAGUGGGUGCUUGAAGAUCAGUGCCGGGAGACAAGAGUGUCCAAUCUGUAGCAAAAUAUUUUCAUGCCUGUCAAGUUUGAGGACUCACAUAUGCAAGAGCCAUGGAAGCAGCGCACCAGGAUACAUCAAGUCCAGCAGGACAGAAAGUGACAGGCCAGCAUGCAGGGGCAAGGAGAGGACGUUUGGCUGUACAGUGUGUGGGAAAGUGUUCAAGCGCUCCUCCACCCUCUCCACCCACCUGCUCAUACAUUCAGACACCCGGCCCUACCCCUGCCAGUACUGCGGCAAAAGGUUCCACCAGAAGUCCGACAUGAAGAAACACACCUUCAUACACACCGGCGAGAAGCCCCAUGUGUGUCAGAUAUGUGGGAAGGCAUUCAGCCAGAGCUCCAACCUCAUCACCCACAGCCGUAAACACAGGGACGACCGGCCCUACCACUGCCCUCGCUGCCUCUAUGGCUUCCAGCACAAAGUGGACCUCCGGCAGCACCAGGAGCACCACUGCACCUACCGCUCAUUCUGACCCAUCUUCAGCCUUUUUUUACAAAACCAUCGGAAUCACAUUCAGGACAGAAAACAUGCAACUUGUUUCCAGAAAAACCAACUCCUCUCAUAUUAAAUCGAGGACAAUGAUUGGCACGAUGACUUUUCUCCAAAUGAUUUGUUCAAAUUCUCUUAUAUCUGUGAUCAUUUGAGGGCAAAACUCCAAAGAGCAUAGAUCUCAACUGUAACUUUCCCUCAUCAGUAAACAUAUUUAGUAGAAAUGUACCACAUGGAUGUGACUCUAUAUGAUUUCAUUUCAUGUCCUCUCUUACUUUGGAGGUAGUUGAAACAAAUGGCUAGAAUUGUGUUGCAGCAUGAGUAUUGAGAGAAUUGUCCAGAAGCUGCCUUACAGCAGUUAAGUACUCAAGACUACAGUGAAUAUGACUUUCCUCCUUUAUUUGUCCCUACUUCUCUGCACAUCAUCAUUAUAUUAGAUUAGACUAGAUAUACUUUAAUGAUCCCAAUUUGGGAUUGCUUUCGUUACAGCAACAUGUAGACAAGAUAUUGAAUUAAAAGUCAAAUUAAAAAGAAACAUUUAUCAAAAGUAAAGAUCUACAUAUCAACGGUAGAAGAUUGAACCUUUAUUGGUGAAUAAUUCAGUUUUCAUUUUUUUAUAAAACACAUAGUACAAAUACACAUAGGUAUAGUUGCACACAUGCAUUUAUAAGGGAGAGAGGCUGAGAGGCAGUCAGUCUUCAGCACCAGGGAGCAGUUGACUGUUCGGUACUUGCUCAAGGGCACUUCAGCAGCGCCCAGUAGGUGAACUGGCACCUCUCCAGCUACCAGUCCACAUUCUUUUUUUUUUUUUUUGUCCAAUCGUUUCCAAGGGCCAAGUCCCUACAGACUUUCGCUACUGCCGCCGUUAAUUCUGCAUUUAGCAAGGCAGGAUUGAACUGGUGUUCCCCAGCUCCCCUGAUCUGAGGAUCGCCGCACUAGCUAUAAAGGAUAUACUGUAUAUCAGAGCAUAUCUAUUGAAUACACAAUAUAUUGUACAUGUACAAAUAUACGUAAUUGAAAGCAAUUGAGAGUUUAUAUCAAGUCAAAUAACCUAAGAUAUUGUUUUAUGGUUUUACUUUUCAUUUUUUCUUUGUGAAUUUUUGGGCCAGAGUAGCCUUUAUUGGAGAGUGAAAGUGUUGAAAGGGGGAUACCGGGCCAGAUUUAAACCUGGCUCUUCCUCACCGGAACUGAGCCCCAAUACAUGGGUCUCCAGCUCUACCAGGUGAGCUAUAUGGCGGCCCGUGGUUUUACUAUGUAAUUAUGUUUAUUCAGUUUAUGUUUUGACAAAUAACACAGCAGUGUUUCCUUCAUCAUUUACAGGAUUUUGUCCUGUUAUGAACAACUUUCACAAGGCUUCAAUAGUUUCCUUUUUUUGUACCAUUGAGCCCUGGAAACAACAUCAUUAGAGUAGUCUCCACUUGUUGUGUAUCAACAGCUGUAUAGUUCUUGACGAAAUCAUCCCCUAUGUUGUAGGCUGCUAUCCCUCCUGCGGAGAGAUAAACACAAAUGAAAACAAAAGUAAGCAAAGUUUGAACAGAGUUGGUGCACAAAAGGGUCUACUGAUUCAGUAAAACAAACCUUUCAGCUGCUGCUCCCUGCUCCAGUUCGGAAAUUUGUUGCGGAUAAUUUCAAUAAAAUCAACCAAUAUUUC